UGAGUGUGAAAGUGUCUCGAGAGUGUUGAAUGUACUGUAUUUUAUUGUUGCAGCCGUGUCAAAGAAACAUUUCUGUCACUGAUUGGGACAGACAAAGAAGUCUGUCUGUCUGUCUGUCUGUCUGUAAGCUAGUGCAUAUUGAAUCAGUUUCCUGUUUACCUUUAUGGACAAGGUGAGAUAGAUUGUGCUGUGGUUGUGUAUAUUUACAUGUUAAUCGUGAUACAAAUUAGAUGGUGCAUGGCCUCUUGUGGUUGCUUUGGUGUCCAAAGAAAGACGCCGCCGCCACCUUGUUUAUACGUUAUCUUCUUCUACUUCCGGGUCAAAAACCUAGGGAGGGAAGUAAGAGUAAUUGGACUAUGAAUCCAGGUAUGUUAGUCUGAUAAUUAUUGUCUUAGUCCGACUAAAAUACAGACUUUUAAGAUGGGUUAGGGUUAGGGUUGACUGAGCUAUAACAAGACUGAUCUACCUCAAAGGGUCUCUUUGUUUUGAGGGCAUUACGCUGGAUUCACCGGAACUAUCGGAUGUCAGCGUGUGUCGGCCAUCGUUGGGUGCGAGUUUCCCCGACAAAAACGUUGGUAACAGCCUUGUCUGAGAGCUCCGUCUGAGUGAAAAAUGAACAUUUUUCAACCUCUGCCGCUUGAUCGCAAGCAAAGCAAAGCGGAGCGAAGGACUGCGAUGUAAGGUUGACGCUUGACACUGCUUUUAUUCAAAGUGAAUGUGAGUUGAUGCCACCACUGCGCAUUAACCUUUUAUUUUACAACCCCAUAAAGAAAAUAUACAUCUAAUACUUUUUUUUAAGAUUUUUUUUCAAUAUAUCUAUUUGUGUUUUGCUGAAACUGAUCCUGAUCACUAACAUAAAAUAUAACUAGCCAAAUACUAAGAGCUUGCAUACGCCGUAAGACUGUAAUGUGUCUUAUUAUUACGUAAUUAUCAUUAUCGAGCCAAAAGGAAUACAAUAUCUUGUUGCUGUCAUCGAGGAUUGCUCUGAAAAUGUGUGAUUUCUUUUUUUUUUAAAAAGGGCAAAUAAAAACAUUUUAUGUCAUUAUGUGUUCUUCUUUGUAAUGAAAUUCUUUAUUUAUUCAAUAAGGCUAAUAUGAGAGUUCAUCGUCUGACAUUUUCAUCCCUGCUGUCAUGGCUAAAUCUUGUCCACAGAACAAUGGUUUGCAUGUGGGUGUUUAAACAAAUGAGGGUUAUAUUCUUUUUUUUUUAAUGACCUGCAGUGUGUUUUGACUGUCUGACGACAGAGGUGAUUGUGCAGAGUUUGGAGGAGAACAACAUGCAAAUACAUGAUAAACAAUGAAAGAAAACAGCUUGACAGCUUGCAUGAAUUUGAAGAUUAUGAAAUUGCAAAUUAAAGGGGCACAAAACUCACUGGCAGUGUUUAUACUAAGCAAAAAUUAUGAAUAUAUAUAACUAUAGUCUUUACAUUUGUUAUAAUGACAUGGGUGUAGUAGUUAAAGCUUUAUAAAGUAAUUUGUUGUUCUUAUUACGAGUUUCUCCUUCAAUAAUAAUACGUUAAGUGAGAUAAUAUUCUUAUUUCUUUUAAAGUGAGGGGACACUUUACAUUUGCUAUAAUGACGUGAAUAUUAAUGACAUCUAGUGGUGAAGUCCUGCAACUGCAGGAAAGUUCCUGAAAGAUCCAGCACCGUCUGGUAUCUGUAAAAACAGCUCCUCCCAGUGGAGAGGUGUGGUAAUGACUGGAAAGUUCCUGAAGACUCUGGAGCUCCUCCAGUUAGAAUAUAAAAGCGUGGACAGUCCCACAGCUGAGACAGAAGACAACACAAGAAGAACACACACUUGAACAGUGUUUCAUCUCACAACAAGAAGAAUCAACUCCAAACCCACACUGAAGAUGCUGUGCUCUCGUGGAUUCCAGUCUGGCCUCAGUCCACUCAUGCUCGUCCACUGGCCUGUGCGCAGUCUGUGGCCAGAGGUUAGACCUCAGCUCUACCAGCAGCAUCUACUGCAGAGACACCUGCAGGAGCUGAGCAGCAGUCUGGAGCUGAUGGACACACUUCAACAGCAGAUCCUGGAGGAGGAGGAGAAGAAGAAGAAAUCUGUCCAAAGCAGUGAGACCAUGCAGCCAGUUUCCUUCCAGCUGGAGAAACAUGGAGACAACUUUGGCCUGAUCCUGAACACUGAAGGCUUUUCUCCAGAGGAGCUGUCUGUCAGGCAGGUGGGCAGGAAGCUGAGAGUCAGCGGCAAGACGGAGAAGAAGCAGGAGGACGGGAACGGCUCCUACUCUUACAGAUUCCAGGAGUUCAGACAGGAGUUUGAUCUGCCUGAAGGUGUGAACCCUGAAGCCGUCACCUGCUGCCUGAGUCCAGACGGGAAGCUCCACAUCCAGGCAGCCAGAGCUCCAUGUGCUGAGGAGGCUGAGAGAGAGCUGAGCAUCCAGAGGAGCACGGAGGAGAAAACACAGCAGAGUGAGUCUUCACACACAGAAGACAACAACAGCAACAGCAGCAGCUCUGAGACACACGACAGCAGCACACAGGACAAACCUGGACACAUGGACUGAUCACAGUGUUACUGUGUCUCUGUCAAACAUCAUGUUUUCAUACUAACGUUACAUAUUGAUGGUGAUGGUGAAUUCUGAUUCUCUGUAUUAAUGAGUAAAUAAGUAAAAUAAUUAUAUGUAAAUCAAUGCAAUUGAAGU